AGGCAGCAGGGCAGGGAUGCUGCUCCCCCCGCCGCCCUGAGGGGCUCGGGGGCUGCACCAUGGGCGUGCGGGCCCUGCUGGGCCGCUGCGCCGCCAUCGCCCUCCUGGCCCUGCUCUGCGACGCCCUGGGGCUCCUCAUCCUCCUCCUGGGCAUCUUGGCUCCCCUCAGCUCCUGGGACUUCUUCGUGUACGUGGGGGCCCUGCUGCUGGCCUUCAGCCUCCUCUUCUGGGUCUUAUGGUACACCUUCAACAUCGAGGUGCCCCUCGGGGAGCUCCAGUGCAGCUGACCCCAGAGGCGCAGCAGGAACUUUGCCUCGCUUUCCUGGGAGGAGCAGCUGGGAAGGUCCAAAGCAUCGCUCAGCUGGUGGAGAGCACCCAAAAGAGACGGAAGGGAAGGGCCUGAAGGUCCUCACAGCACCAAGCAGCCAGAUGGACCCUCGGGGGAAAGGGGAGGAAGAAAGGACAGGAGUGGAUGUCAGGAGUGAGCAGAUGAAGAGGAGCAGCUCCACACAAGGACUCGGCUGUGCUG